UGAAAAGACAUCAACCAGGGCUCCCUCCUGGCCCUCUGAGUGUGAGGCAAGAAGAAUCCGUCCCAUUCUGCUGUUGAUUCAAUAUCCCUGUGUAAUCCCCUCCAAUUUCCCCUCUUUUCUCUUGAACUGUUGAAUAGUGACAUAAAAUCUUCCCACAUGUUGAUGCUUGUCCCUUAUAUUGGCAAAUAUUUAGUUUGUGCCCCAUUUUCUCCUCAGUUCUGAAAUACUGAUUUCAAAUUCUCAAAAUUCUUCCCACUUUUCUCUCCAGGUGUGUGACUGAGAUCAGGGCUCCUAUCGUACUGAGCGUGGCCCUGUUCUGCCAGGCACUGGAGAGACCCCAGCUGAGAUCUGGACCCUGUUCUGCCAGGCAAUGAACAGACCCCAGGUGAGAUCAGACCCCACUGUUGUGCCAGGCUACAGAUUAACGUCCAUGUUUUGCUCCAGAUCAUCCCAUCCUCCCAGGGGGAAGGCAAUGGCUGCAAUGGAGCUGGUUCAGGGGCCGGUGACUUUCGAGGAUGUGGCUGUGUAUUUCACUAGGGAGGAAUGGGCUCUUCUGGACCCUGUUCAGAGAGCCCUCUACAGGGAUGUCAUGCAGGAGAACUAUGAGACGGUGACCUCAUUGGUAGGGUUUCCAGUUUCCAAACCUGAUAUGAUCUCCCAGGUGGAACGAGGGGAAGAGCCGUGGGUCCCAGACCUCCAGGGCUCUGAGAAAGAAGUGCUUCCAAGAGCUGCUUGCACAGGUAGUGACCUGUGUCUGGAUUCUCUCUGUCUCCCAUCAGGUGAUGGGAUGGUGAGUGAGAAUGAGGAGGAGAAACCCCAUCAGGAAGAUGCUGAGCGAAGAGAAGCACAUGGAAUGUUAUCAGGAAGAUCCAAAGAGAAUGUUUCCAGGAGUUGUGCACUCCCAGAAAAAACAGAAGCCUGUGAGACUCAGGGGAGGCCAGAGGGAAACUUGAGUAGCCUCUCAGACCUUAUAAGAAGCGGCAGAAUCAACUUGGAAGAGACACGCUACAGGUGCCAUGAGUGUGGGAAAAGCUUCAAUUGGAGCUCUACCCUUGUCAGACAUCGCAGAAUCCACACAGGAGAGACGCCUUAUACGUGCACUGAGUGUGGGAAAAGCUUCAGUCAGAGCUCAAACCUUAUCAUACAUCAGAUAAUCCACACGGGAGAGAAGCCUUACACGUGCACUGAGUGUGGGAAAAGCUUUAACUGGAGCUCUACCCUGAAUGCACAUCGUAGAAUCCACACAGGAGAGACGCCCUACACAUGCUCUGAGUGUGGGAAAAACUUCGGUUGGAGCUCACAUCUUAUCACACAUCAGAGAAUCCACACAGGAGAGAAGCCCUACACAUGCUCAGAGUGUGGGAAAAGCUUUAGUCAGAGCUCAGACCUUAUCACACAUCUGAGAAUCCACACAGGAGAGAAGCCCUACACAUGCUCAAAGUGCGGGCAAAGCUUCAGUCGGAGCUCAGACCUUAUCACACAUCAGAGAAUCCACACGGGAGAGAAGCCCUACACAUGCUCAGAGUGUGGGAAAAGCUUCAGUCGGAGCGCACACCUUAUCGGACAUCAGAGAAUCCACACAGGAGAGACGCCUUACACGUGCACUGAGUGUGGAAAAAAAUUUAGUUGGCGCUCAGACCUUAUCAAACAUCAGAGAAUCCACACAGGAGAGAAGCCUUACACGUGCACUGAGUGUGGAAAAAGCUUCAGUCAGCGCUCAGACCUUAUCACACAUCUGAGAAUCCACACGGGAGAGAAGCCCUACACAUGCUCAAAGUGCGGGAAAAGCUUCAGUCGGAGCUCACAUCUUAUCACACAUCAGAGAAUCCACACAGGAGAGACGCCUUACACGUGCCAUGAGUGUGGGAAAAGCUUCAAUUGGAGCUCUACCCUUGUCAGACAUCGCAGAAUCCACACAGGAGAGACGCCUUAUACUUGCACUGAGUGUGGGAAAAGCUUCAGUCAGAGCUCAGACCUUAUCACGCAUCAGAGAAUCCACACGGGAGAGAAGCCUUACACGUGCACUGAGUGUGGAAAAAGCUUUAGUUGGCGCUCAGACCUUAUCAAACAUCAGAGAAUCCACACAGGAAAGACGCCCUAUACAUGCGCUGAGUGUGGGAGACGCUUUAGUUGGCGCUCACACCUUAUCGGACAUGAGAGAAUCCACACAGGAGAGACGUUGUACACGUGCACUGAGUGUGGGAAAAGCUUCAAUCGGAGCUCUACCCUGAACACACAUCGUAGAAUCCACACAGGAGAGACGCCCUACACAUGCGCUGAGUGUGGGAAAAGCUUCAGUCGGAGCUCUACCCUGAACACACAUUGUAGAAUCCACACAAGAGAGAAGCCCUACACAUGCACUGAGUGUAGCAAAAGCUUCAGUCAGCGUUCAAACCUUAUCACACAUCGGAGAAUCCACACAAGGGAGAUGCCCUACGCAUGCUCUGAGUGCGGGCAAAGCUUCAAUCAGCGCUCAAGGAUCAUUAGACAUCAGAAAAUGCACAGAAGAGAGAAUUGUAAUAAAUCCCUUGACUAGUGUUGGCAAAAACGAAUUUUUUAAAAAAAAUCAAAUUAGCUAAUUCGCACAUAGUGAUUUUUGCAUCGUCUUCACCGUGGUGUCUCUGCUCCACCAGAUAAAUUGCCGCCUUCUGCCUUUUUCAGCUCAUCCUUCUUUGGGGUCAGUCCUAUGAUCUUUUCUAUCAACUCCUUUCCUUUUGAAUCAUAGGAGUGUGUGUCCCUCCAGCCAGCAAUGUUCAUGAGUUCCAAGUUGGGGAGAGAGGUUUGAUCCCAACAAGCUACACUGAGGCAAAAACUACCUGUGCGUUUCAUCCACUAGGACU